AACCUGAUCAGCAUGAUGAAGUAAUUGCCAAGUUGGAUAAAAAUAUAAUUGUGUAAUAGGAGUUAAAGCAACAGUUAUCGUCACCUGCUCACACUCUUUCAUCAGAUCAAAUUUUAGAAUAGGACUCGAGCUCAUCAGAUACUGCGCAAAAUAUAGCUUGCAUGUUUAGAAAAGCCAUUAAGGUUGGUCAAGAAGCAAUUUUAUACUGGUGCUAUUUUAUAGAGAAAUAUGACAAAAUGAUUGAUAACUUUGUUGUUGAUGGAGUUAAGAAAAAAACUGCAACAUCUAUGGUAUAUCAAGAAAUCAAACAGCUUUUACCUGAUAUAACAGAUGUGAAUUUGCGCCAAAAAAUCCUUAGAGCUAGAAAAUUAUAUAAAUUAUUCAAUACAUUAGGAAUAGAGAAAAUUAAACAGGUCUCUUAUAGUGCAGAUGCUAUUUCGAGCCUCAGUUACCCACAAAUACAAAAUAUUAUAGAUUAUGUGAAUUCAGUGACAAGUUCACACAAUGAAACCGUGAAGAUUCUUCAUGAUCAGAGUCAUGUGACUUCAAAAAUUAAUCAUAUAUUCCUCCAAAAGCACCUCAAUCUAAGCCAACUUAUGAUUGAUCCUACUUUUGUAGCAAAAUAUUAGAUCAAUAUCCUAAUUUAUAUAGAGAAUUUAGUAGCAAAAAUUUCGAUUAUUAUGGAAAUACUGAUGAAACAUCAUGCCCAUUAUGCAGUUUAGAUCAUAAUGAUGAUGACAGCAUAGAAGGUAGAUAUAAAACCGGAUCCUAUUUUAUUAAAUGUGAACAGCGUGAACUUGAGAUAACUGCAUAGUUUCAUUAUUUUACAAUACUAUAUU